AUGAAAGGAUUCCAAAGCUACCCUUCCCUAGCUCGCGAAAACAGAGCUCGGAAAACGCAUAAAACCGACGAAAUCUCCUCCCUUUUCAAAAAAAUGGACAUCGGCUUAAAACUGAAACUGAACUUCAAAAUUGACAAAGAAAAUCGGAAGCGACGGGAAAAGAGCCUCGAAUUCCAACUAGGAAACUCCGUGGACGAUGCCUCAGAUAUAGCCUCCUUCGUAACCAUCGACACAAUAUCCCUCGAUAAUGUCAGAAAGGACCCGACAACUUUUGAAAGGCUGAAGGACUUUCUCACUACAGACACACUAGACUUCUUCAGGCAGAGAAACGAAGAGGAAGGAGUCAGACAAAGCAGGACGAGAGGCAGAGAAGAACAGGCCGAAGAAGGUGCGAGAAAACGAAAGCCCGGAAAGGUCACCCUAGUACCUCGAUCCGCUGGUCCACGCAUUACAACCUUUGACACACUCCUUUUUGACACCAUCGACGCGUUCCCCAUAUUCCCUCUCUUCCUCUUCACCAACAAAAACCUUGACCUCAUCAACACGCAUAUGCCCGAGUUGAAACGCACUAAAAUCUCGCACAUCGAGGGUAAACCUCAUGUCCUCGACCUUAAAGAGAUCGCGAAAUGGGUAAAGGAAACAGGUGGGAUAUUCCGCGAUGAAGACCUCGACUUCAUUCAAUGGAGUCAAGCGGCGAAGAACUUCUACCAGUUCGAAUGCCUGAGAGAUGAAGACCUGGGAAAGGAGGCCCCUCGAGCCCUCUUUUACGUCGAACACUUCGCAUUCUUCCUGAACCAACAGGACUCAGAGGAUUUCUUCGCAUACUGGCUCAAGGUCGAAGUCAAGCUCCGAAAGGAGCACCAAUCCAAGCUAUAUGCUUUCGACAGCGAUACGUAUGAACGGGAAUGGACACUCAUCCGAGCAGAACGAAUCUCAGACUCCAAAUACGCUACGUCCUCCCCAUCCUCCUCAUCUUCGAAAUCAUCCUUGCACAAACCGGGAGCCCCACCUGCAACAAGCUAA